CACGUAACCUUUAACCCUUCAGCUCUAACCACAGUGUCACCCAGCGCAUUGGGGUGGCCAGCUGCUUCCAUCUCCUCCCAUGCUAGUCUGCGUGACCUCUCCCUCUGGGAUUCUCUUCCCAGCAUUCCCCACCACCCAGCUCUAUGCCUGCCUGCUCUGCAAAGCAGCUGGCUGCUAGGAGUGACCCUUCCUCACUACCCCACCCCGGCUCUCUAGACAGACAUCAGUUCCCUACUUAGAACCUGUACUCCAGGGACUUAACGAGGGUCUUCUCCAUACUCUUUCUCUCUUCUCCCUCUUCCCCCCUCACCCCCCCCCAGUUUGAGACUGAGAGGCUCCCUUAAAAAAAACCCAAAACAGCCCCCCAGGAAGCAACCUUAUUUGGGACUGCCUCUGACCCCAUUCCCCCUACCCCAAUCUUACAAUGAUUUUCUAUUAAUAUUAUAUAUUGUAUACACCAGACAGAAAUGUUAUCUUUGUUAACCUCAUAACCUGAUUGUUUAGAAUUCAGGCUUCUGUAUUGCAUACAUAUUGCCUUUGUUGAUGUGCUUGCUGCUUUCUUUGGAUAUCUUUUGUGUCCAAGAAAAUGUGGGGGAAUGGGAUGAGAAGCUAGGGCAGACCAGGGCUGGUUUCUUUUUUUGGAGGGUGGGGGGGAUUUUUGAGAUAAUCUUCCCUAGCUCCUCUGCUUUCUCCCCAACAGAAGCCAGGAAGUUCAGUGUGUGUCUGCCAGCCCCCAUUUCUACCUUGAGUCACUCAGUUCAGGCUUUUUGUUGAAGAUCCUAAUCCCAGAGUAGUGGAGAGGUGGCCUUGGUAGCUGGGGGGAGCAGGGAAGGAUGCUGCCCUGGUGCCUUCUUUAGUUGAUUGCUAUGAAAGCAAAUUUUAAAGCUCCAGUGAGUGGAAUGGCCAGCAGCCACACGAGACUUAAUUGACAUCAGCAUGAGGGAAGUUUGACUUCUUUUUUGGUUUGUGUUAAAAACUAUUCCUGGUUCCUCAAACCCCUAGCACUGUGAUAUUUUCAUUCCAAAAGAACUUCAAGGUAGAAGAGUACUUCCUUCCCCUCUCUUCAGCAGUGUUUAGUUAGGACCAGGUGGGCUGUCCUGCAUCUCCCCAGAACACAUAGAAAACAGCCUUUCAGGCUGGGGGAUAAGGUAGAAAAUUGGGGAGUUUUAAUACCUGUCGUGGAGGAAAGAAAUUGCAGUGUCCCGUUGUUGGAUCUCUCUGAAAGGAAACGGCGCAUAUCUAAAGACUAUAUCUCCAUACAUCUAUAUAUCUUUGAUAUAUAACCAUUUUUUUCCCAUCUAACCCCUUCUUCCCUAGACAAGGGGCUCUUCUCUGUUUCCAAGUUUCCCCUACCCUCAAAAGUGAGCUGCCAGGGGGGUGGGCUGUGCUGCCAGCUAUUUUAUUACAAAGAGAUUUCUUCCCUUCACCUUCCCCUCCCCUCCUUAAAUCUGCAUGACAGAAAUACCCUGUGAGCAGGCUCUCACAAACUCCCAGGAAGGGGACUGGGCAAAGACUUCACUCUGCUCCCCCCCCCCCCCCCCCAAUUUCCUCUCCUUUGCCUCUUAGCUGUUUCCUCCUAGCCAUUGUCCUUCCCCCUCCUCCUCCCACAUAUAUUGUGCCUUAUUUAAUGCUGCAAAUAUAACAUUAAACUAUUAACAAGAGAAAUCAUUGUGUUUGUUCUACUGCUGCUUUAAUAAGACAGGUAAAAUCAUUCACGUGUCUGUCAUGCUUUUCUAUCACUGGAAAGCACAUGGUAUCUAUGUUCUCUCAUAUCCCUGAGGAAAAGAAAAGGGAUUUGUUCCUCAGUUUCCAGAUCGGAGUCCAGAGGAGGUAAUGUAUUUAUGCACCAAAGAAAACAGGCUUUCUUUUUAGGCAGUGUAGUCUCCUCUGAACCACAGAGGAAAAACUGCCUAAGGAGAAGUGGGUAUUUAGGGCCCAUACUUUAACCGAUACCACUACCCCUCAAUCACCCAGAGCCUCGCCUCGGGUGUUGGCUGAAGGUGAUGAGUACCGGCACAAGUACAGCCACAGAAAAGGGCUUGCAAAGCUUUAAUGUUCAUCUAAACAAUAUUUAAUAGACUUCACAGAGCACUUGGCCAAGUGUUGGGGAAACAACAAUCCUUGCUCUCCAAGAGAAGUUCUAUGAGAAAGAAGAGGGGCAUAUGUAGGUAUAUACGGAACAUUUCCAAAUACAAAAGGGAGGGUGGGGCAGUGUUGAAUGUACUCUGUACUUGUGUGACCUUGGACAAGUGAUUGAUUAUUGGACCUCGGGUUCUUUUAUCUGUAAGUGAAAAGAUUACACUAAAAGAUCUAGAAUAUUCCUUCCUGCUCUAAGAAACUGAUUCAGCUUGUCACAGCAGGACUGAGAUGCUUUUAGUGUCCAGGAAAGAGACAGAUCUUGCUGCUUUUGCCUUCUCCUUUCACCAAAGACCAAAAUAAAAAUGUGGCACACAGGAUUGAGGCACAAUGCUAGAACCCAUUUGGGAUUUUAGGGACAAAGGAGUGCUACUUCAGGAAUAAGAAAGGCUAUCUCCAAUUCCCACGUUUGAGCAAAAUGAGGGUCAUGACUUAAUCGGGACUUCAGAGCCAAGGACAGCCCCCGGAAGUUCUGCUCCAUCCACUAAGUGUUAGAGUUCUAAAAGUCUUGGAAAAGAAAGAAAGGUCCAGCUUUCACAUCUAUUCUUCAGUCCUCCCUCCCCCUGGGUUGAAAUACCAUUUAAAGUGACCCAAUGGGCAAUGGAAAGAAGUAUUGCGAGACCAGAUGUAGACCAUUCAACUGGCAAGAGUAGGGAUUAAUGGAUGGAUGUUUUUUUAAAUGUGGGAGGGAACAAAAAGCUCCAGGACUUUGGGAUUUACAGAAAUGCAUGAGCAGGAAGGACAGGAAGCAAAAAAGCAGUAAUACCCACAGCAAAGAGUUGUUUGAGCAAGAAGGAUCCAUGGCUGUGCGAUGGACAUCAGCUACCACUGGGUGGCAGCAGCACUCCACCUUGUCGGGAAGAUCAUUCCCAGAAUUCUAAAAAGGUUCCCGUACAACAGCAAUCCCCUAAAUGUAGACGUCCCCUAAACUCUACUUUCCCAUCACUGCAGAUCCCAAAGCACUAGACUUGCUUAAGGGGCAAGUAGGCAGUGGUCCUGUCUUCUUGACUCCCAGCUACAGGUCCAGAUUCUCAGUCUGCUUCCAACCCCAAGCCAGAGCGGGAUACAAGAGGUGGGAGGAGUAGGGGAGAAGCUUCCAUGGGGGAAGUCUAGGGCCCGAUUUUCCUUACCUUUAACCUUUCCUUCUUGUCUCCUCACGUGGAUCUGAGUGAUUUAGGAGUCCCCAGAAAUAACUAGGUCAAUAAAUUCAGCCCAUCUUUAACCCCAAAUGGAAGGUCUCCCCACCAUCCCUGGGUUAGAACUGUCCCAGUGCUGCUUCCUCUUCAGAUCAUAUCCCCUCCAUUCCAAUGCAGGGCACCCUCCCUCCCCCAGCUUCUCCCCAAAUGCCUUUUGGAGGAAUGCUACAGGGGGUGGGGAACAAACAACCAGUCAGAGUUUUCCAACCUGUUGUUGAGGAAUAGCCAGACUUUGACAAAAUGCCUGCAAUUAAUGAGUUUCUUAAACUCAGGAGACAAGAUUUAAGUGUUUAAUAAAGUCAGGAACGCCAGGCUUUGGGGCUGAGGGCCUGGGGCUGAGAGCUAGGAGUCCCAGGAGUGCCAUGGGAGGGGAUCCCAGGCGGCCGUUAAUGGGCCUGAGCGUUUCCGUUGCCAGCUCAGCCCCCACGCUCCCACCUCCUCUUCGGGGGGGGACAGCAGGUAUAAGAGGCGGGUGUGGCAGACAAGCAGGCAGGAGACAGAGAAGGCAAUAUGGAUGCUAGAAGCCUGGUUGUGCUGCUGUUGCUGGUGACCGUGGGCAGAGGCCAAGCUGAAGGACCAGGGGCUACCAAGGAGGGCAUUGGGGACCAUAUGCUCAUGGAGGAAGACAACGGAUCCCCCCCUAGAUGGGAUGCUCAGACACCUGUGUCUGUCCUGCAGUCCUUGCUGCAAGCCAUGAAGAGACCCGGCCGGAGCCCAGCCUUCCUCUUCCAGCCCCAGAGGUUUGGCCGGGAUGCCCGGAGGAGCCCUGGCAGACAGGGGCUGAGUCUUCAGGCUGGGGAGGCUCCUCUGUUCUGGAGCCUGGCCGCCCCACAGCGCUUUGGGAAAAAAUGAUGUUGCCACCCCCAACCAGUACGUUUUUGCAUGCAAAGCCCACAUAGAUGCCAUUUGUCCUAAUAAAAGCAUCUUAUUACCA